UUUCUCGACUCUCUUCUCCCGUAGCAGCAGACGCCACGUUUCCCAGAUCCAAUCCCUCUCUCCCUCCCGAGCUCCUCUCUUUAUUUCGAUUUUUUUACCUAGGGUUUUUGGUCGCUUGUGUCGGAUCUUUGAUUUCCGCCGUGAUCUGUUGUGUUCCGAGGCGGUUCGUUUGUUCCUUUGCUCUCCCUCCCCGGAAUCGAACAGGCAACUCGUAACUGGCAUGGACAAAGGAAUCCGACUGUUUGAUUAAAACAAAGAAUUGGGAUGAUCCCAGCGGAUGCUAUAUCACUGUGAUUUCUGCCCAAAUGUCAAAGUGAAGAAGUUCAACCAAGCGCGGGGCUGCUUCAAAUGAGGGCUUAUGGGCAUUGCAUAAGAAAGAUUCGUAACUCUGCAAGCUGUUUUGGGGCCUAUCCGAAUGGCGGCGUCUUCCGGGCAUAUACAGUGACCAAUCACUCUUCCGAUGAGUUGUACGAAGAUACGUUGCCUUGCGAGUGGUACGAAAAGAAGCUCCCGAUUCUAAAGAAACUGAGUUGUGCAUUGAAAGAUGUUGAUGUUGGGGAUGGGAGGUUGGAGGACAUCAGCGGUGAUGAUUUGAUCGUCAAUGAUGAUCGUAUCAAGCAGAAAAUGCACAAAUUCAAGUCCUUGGCCAGAAUCUUUAUCGGGUCUCCUUCAAUCCAGCAAAAGCUCAAGGAAAAAUGCUUCAAAUUCCCACUUUUCGGGAUUCAAAGCGAAAGAGAGCCUUUGGUUGUGGAUACACUGACCAAAGUUAGCAACUUUCUUAAUAUAUCAGCUCAACAGCGGAAGCUGGUGAGGUGUACGAUAUGUUCACAGGUCACUCAGUAUCGUAUAUGGAAAGGUGCUCUUGAGGAGGUAAUGGAUGGUCUAAAAGAAGAGAUUGAUUGGCUGAAUGACCAUCGCCCGAGCAAAGACACCAAACUGGGUCAUCAAGUGAUAUCAUCUUGUCUCAAAUUCUUGUCUCAAUCAGCAAUUUCGUACGAGGCCGAUAACUCCACUACAUGGAUGCGGCCCGUGCCAGCGAAAACCGCAAUGGCCAACGCUCCUCCAAAAUGGGAAGAUGUUCUUGAGAUGGUCAGUGAUCUGAAAAGGUAUCUGGAACAUGAGAAAACCACGCUUUACUACCUGGGCAAGCUUGUAUCGAUGAAAGAAGGGCUCGUCCAGAUCAGAGACCUGUUUAUGGAUAAGAGGAUUGGAUACAGAGAGAUUAGACAUCAAGAGAUCCUUGUGCCGAAAAAGCUUACAAAGACACUGGGUCAUUCUUCUCGAUGUCUGUUCAUUCUGCUCCUGUAUUACCUCUACGGCCGCGUUCAUGGCAUCGAGAUUGAUCUCUGUGGAGCGUUAUACGAGGCAAAUAGUGACGGUACGAAGGAGAAAGAGCUGUGUUUGAGCGUUGGGAGGAUUUUGACUUCGGCAGAGGAAAAAAUGUUGCAGAGAGGGGUGAGGCAACUGGACAGAGCUCUAGGGAUCUUUGAGUUUGUGUGGAAAACGGCAGGAAGGAAAGAGGAGAUAGAGCUGCAAGGUCAUAUAUGGUGCCUUGGAGCGCAAGAAAGGUCCUUCACAUACCGUGGGAAAACAUUCUUUGUGCAUGACCUUACUCUAUGAGUUGAUCCAUUUUGCGGGUUUCAUUGCAUAAUUGUCAUGAUCCUUUGUUGUUAUUUCGUCGAACAAAUGCUCGCUUGACAUGAUGCAGAGGCAUAUGACCAUAA